CUUAACUUUUUUUUGAAGGUCUGGUAUACGUAGCCCGUACCUGCCAAGCCUCAACUACAGAUGUACAUGCGAAUCCGACAAGGGUAGAUGAGGUACACAUGUACAAGACACUUGUGUCUUACGUAAAUGACAGAAAAAGAUCAAUGCACAGACCACCAUUAGCUCAAUAACCUCACUUUCCAAUUCUCGAUAAGGCCGACCUUUUCGCAAACCAAGCCAAACCUUCCCAACAUUGAAGAGACCAGACUUUUGAAGCGAAUAAAUAAAUUGAGUGAAACGAGGUUACAUACCUACAAAAAAAAAGAAAAAACAGCAUGGCCCCCGCGAGCCCCCAAUUCUGGGCCGGUCCCCUCCGGUACCUGCGCUGGUCCGCCCGCGAGCGACCCGCCUACUUCUGGUCCUGCAUCAUCGGCAGCGCUGGCCCUCUUGCGCUCGCUACCGUGCCCCCGACCCUCAAGCGCUUCGGUUACGAGAGAGCGUUGCCCGUCCCUAUGACAUACCCCGUUCCCACCGGUCCGCGAAAGACGUUAACCGGCUACGACGAUUAAGCCCCUCCAAAGCGCACCGAGAUAUGGGAAUAGUCGCAACCACGGAUUACGAAACAAAAAAGGAAAAAAAAGAAAAGGGUGGUCCGAAUACGUAUAUAUAGGUAUGCAAGGGGCACUCGAACCUCCCCCCAUCAACAAGGCCUUGUAGGAUGAAAAAAAAAAUCCGGAGUCGCAGGAGAGGCUUCGCAUCGUAUGUAGAAACAAGCAUUCAUUCACACUGAACCAAACCCAAAUAUAAAACAAGUUAAACAUCACACUUCGAUUCGAGGGAGUGCAUUGCUCAUCACUCAUUUCAUUUGAUUAUUGCUUCUUACUUCUCAAUCAAGUCAUUUUCAGGUGUGAUUUGUACGAAUCAACACCCCCGCCAUUUGCUCAUUUGUCACAUCGUAGGCACUUGGAGUUGCCAUCUAAUCCCAGAGCAAAACCAUCAGAAUACCUAACUCAAUCGUAGAAACGCGAAAAGCAAUGCUGGAGUGGUAAAGGACCC